UUUGUCGUCUUGCACGUUUUGCCCCGGUCGCACGGUUACGACCUUCAUCCCAUGUUCAGCCAUGCUUGGCCAACGCAUGGCUUCAACUUCAUCAGCAACAACGAUUUGCUGGACACAACAAAUGGAGCAAAGUAAAACACACGAAAGGAGCCAAAGACGCCAAGAAGAGCAAGAUAUACUCCAAAAUCUCGCUGGAAAUUUGCUCCGCUGUCAAAGGUACGCUACUAUUUGUCUGCGGAGGAGGGCCUUAUAACGAACGGAUUCCGCUAACCCCUUGUCAUGUUGCCCAGCUGCUGGACCUGAUCCCAGUAUCAACACUCGAUUAGCCACAGUACUCAAUCGUGCACGAGCAGCCAAUAUGCCCAAGGAUAAUAUUGAGAAUGCCAUGAAAAAGGCAUCCGAUAAAAACAACAAAGACGUACUGGAAGACAUGGUGUAUGAAGCAGUGGGUCCGGGAGGCAUUGCGAUGAUAAUUGAGGCGGUCACCGAUAAGAAGUCCCGCACUGUCAAAGAUGUCAAGGAAGUAUUAAAUCGCGUGGGCGGAUCUGUAACCUCUGUGGGAUACUUGUUCGAGAAAAAAGGAAAGAUUGCAUUUACUGCGGGAGAAUCUGGUCAUUCUUUCGAAGAAAUGAUGGACGCUGCUAUUGAGGCUGGUGCUGAAGAUAUCGAAGAAGAAGAAGACGUUGUGGAGAUCAUUUGCGAAUUUCCGCAACUCAACGCCAUUAGCAAAGCGCUUUCGGAUCACAGAUAUGAAGUGCAAGAUAUGAGUGCGACAUACAUUCCGAUGAGUUCAAUGGAAAUCGCUGAUAAAGACACCGCAGAACUAGUAGAAAAAUGUCUUGAUGACAUGGAAAAUUUGGACGACGUAGUCAAAAUUCAUUGCAAUGCCGUGAUCAAGGACGAAUAGAUUCUUAAAAAUAUUAUAUAUACAUGAAACUCUAGAAAUAUUGCCGCAAUGUCCCUUCGCUCGAUAUCGCAGCAUCAUUCGCAAUGACAUAGUACGUAUGCAAUAAUAAACGUGGGAAUCGGGCGGUAAAGUAAUAGAGGUAAUUGUCCGGCGGUUCACC